CACGUGUAUCUAGUUUGAAAAGCAUUCUGCCGCCUACUCUUCUGCAUUGCGACGCCUUCUCUUCUCCUUGUGUCCGUCAAUCCACGCUGAGUUGUUUCUCUGCAGCCUCCUCGUUUCCCCUUCCCUUAUUUGCUUCUGUACUGGGUGCCUCAUAUCCAGGUGUAGCUCACCUCACAGGCUCUUUGCCCUCCAAGCACAGAGUUCUUGUGGGCUUGGCCACAACUUCUUUAUCACCUGAAAUAUCUUCAGAUUAUCCGCUCCACUCCUCUGCGAUUCCUCAUCGGACUCAUUUUAUAGGGCAGAAUGACUUUUAUGUCUCGGGUAACCGUAAUGUAUUCUAAAUCGAUGUCUCUAUCCACCGCGCUGCGUGCACACGUGACACUACGGGGUCUCCUCUCCCGAGCCUGUUCUGCUGUCCCCCAAGAAUCUGUAGCAGCGAUCAAUUGCCCGCAGUCCCGUUUCUCUGCAUUUGGCUGUGGACUGUUUCGCCUGUCCUGUCAAAACAAAGCUCUUUCCUUGCCAGCAACGUUUCACAUUUCAGUGGCACGAUGCCAGAGAGAGGAACGACGCCGAACUACGUUGCAGGGACGUCCCUUUGUCGCGGCGAGGGAGUUUGCCUCCUCUGUUGCCGAAUCGACAACCACUGCCAAUGGCGCCAUUCUUACUUGCAGUUUCUCGGAGGGAAGGGAAGGGACAAGGGAAGAUCCUCUACGGACACGCUCCCCGCAGCAGACAAAAGUGCAAGGCAGAACUUCGGACGGUGUAGCAAGCGGUGGCGCCACCGAAGGCCCGAGCACGAGAGCAUCAACACGAAGGCUGUCGAUCAAUAACGUUUCCUGUCAAAUCGAAGACCGAGUGGGCGCUAUUUCUGAAUUGGCUGCCAUUUUCGCUGCGUACAAUGUGAACAUCACUGAGAUUAGGAGCUCUCCGGAUCCUCUGGAUCUACGGAAGAUGACUGUUUCCAUCAGCUUCGAGGGGGAAUGGGAAUCAGAGAAUGCCACGCAGUUGAUUGACAGACUGGGGUCGUACUGUGUGGCGUUUACUCGCGGGUCGCCAGCGGAUGUCCCGUGGUUCCCUCGGUCUCCAGAAGACCUCGAUCGCAUUGCUUCCCACACUCUUGACGCGGGCAAAGACCUUGAGGCGGACCACCCUGGUUUCCACGACGUCAUUUAUCGCAAGAGACGUCAAGAGAUUGCAUCGUGCGCAGAAAAUCAUAAAGCCGGACGGGCAGUUGGAAUUAUCGACUAUACACCACGAGAAACGGCGACGUGGAAACACGUGUGGGGCAUCCUGACGGAUCUCUACCCCACUCUAGCUUGCAACGAAUACAACGAAGUGCUGGCAGGUUUGAGGGAUGCUCGUGUCUACGGGCCGGACACAAUUCCUCAGGUUGCAGAGGUCAAUGAGUAUAUCAAGGCCAAAACAGGCUUUACACUGAGACCCGUUCCAGGCCUUCUGUCGGCCAGGGACUUCAUGAACGCGCUCGCGUUCCGCACAUUUUUCUCAACUCAGUACAUUCGGCACCACUCGGCUCCUCUGUACACUCCUGAGCCGGAUGUCGUACACGAGCUCCUCGGCCACGCCCCUCUGUUGGCAAAUCCGGAUUUUGCAGAUUUUUCGCAACUUCUCGGGCUCGCGUCUCUAGGGGCUUCAGAGGAAGACAUUGCCCGACUCCAGCGUUUGUACUGGUUUUCAGUCGAAUUUGGGCUGCUAUGCAAUCCGGGAAAUGAAAUGGAAUUGGCUGCAUAUGGCGCAGGAUUGCUCUCCUCACCAGGGGAACUCCGACACUCGACCUGUCCUACGAAUGGGAAACUCGAGGUUCGUCAGUGGCGCCCUGAGGACGCAGCACAGCAAGACUUUCCGAUCACCACGUAUCAGCCUGUCUUGUUCGUCGCGGAGAGCUUGAAAGAUGCGCGUGACAGUCUUCUUCGGUACAUCCAGAAUCACAUCCACAAGCCUUUCGCAACGAGAUAUGACAACGCAACUCGGACACUGCACGUUUCAACUGAU